AUAAUAUAAUCAUUGGCAGUUCGCCCUUCCAAAGCAAAACGCGGGGCGCGAUAUAUAGCUUGAAAGUUGCGAGGUCGUUUCGUUGUGAACAGUUCACGCAAUACGAGACCUCACGCCGUCACUUCUAAACUUUAAGAUUCAAGAUGUGGUUCGCGUAUUUCACUACAAUGGUGGCGUUGGCGACGGUAGCCAGCGGGUUCCGUCACGGCGCGCCAGAGAGUGCUUGUAAGCACAUGACCCCGGGGCAUGGGGUGCCGCCCCAGUCGACGAUUCCGCCAUACGUUAUAACCCCCAGUACCAAGACUGUCAAAGCCGGCACCCCCAUGGAAGUGACGAUCUCUGGCAAGUCCAGUAAGGACACCAUCCGAGGGAUCAUGCUGCAAGUACGCGGCUCUGACGACAAAAUCGUGGGAACCUUCAAGGUGGAUCCUCAAGACUCUAUCUCCCAGCCCAUGAAGUGCGAUGCCCAAGGAGACACUGUAACGCACAAGUUGCACGAUGAGAAGGACGACAAACAGACCGUCUACUACACCUGGACCCCUCCAGCUGGCUACAAUGAUAUUGUCAAAUUCAGGGCUACCAUCGUUAAGACCGGCGAAGUUUUUUGGGUCGGCUUAGAAUCUGCGCCCGUUAAAGUGACCCUUUAAAUUAAUUACAAGUGAAUCAAGUUCGCAAAACCUUAUUUUUAUUAAAAAUGCUGUGACAUUUAAUUUAUAGUGUAUAUUUUACGUAAAAUAAACAAUUUUCGAUAAA